AACUAAAGUUUACACGGCACCUUGUUAUUGAAAUAUGGAUAAAUGGCAGGAUAAAAGGGCAUAUAGUUGUGGAGCGCUUCGUAUAAAACUGCAUAUAAGCAAUACAACCCGGUUAUUAAGUUAACUUUAUCAGAUGGGCUCAGAUCAAUAUAACCUUUAAAAAUUGGAACAAGGAAGUAAAUCGACUGACUUGCUGGGUGUUAAAAUUGUAUCGGAUGUUGUGAAUCACCUUUUAAAACAAUACAGCGUGUCAUCAAAGAUUUCAGUGAUGUCAGAGUCAACACCAGGCAUCCCGAUAAAGGGGGUUGGGAGGGUAGAUUACUCUUCAAAGGAAAAUAGUCAGCAGAUGCAAUCUGGAAUUUUAUGUCCAAGCACUAGCUUAUCCGGAAAUCGACCUACAAACCAAGCUGCCGCGACCAUUGAGGAAAACAUCAGAACAGAUAGUGAUGGAUACAGAACUAUGGAGAGAUCAACGCUCCAGGAAACACCUACACAAUUCAAAUAUACGAUGCACAAUUCAUUUAAUAAUAAAAAUAUUCAGCCAAAACUUAAAUAUACAGGAAAGGGACCACCAAAGGCAUUACAAGGAAAUAACAAUCAUCAAUCAGCUGGAAGCAUAAGACAAUCUGGAAGAUCGAAACAUGUCAGCUUACAAGGUGAUGCUUCUAGCUAUGGAUUUGAUACAUCAGCUGGCAGUGACAAGUUGAAAAGCAACGGGGAAUACGAGAUUUCAAAACAAGGAAGAGUCUGGUGCAUUCGAGAUUUGAAAACUAACAACCUGACAACGUUAAAGAAUAUCAAGGCUUAUGACGUUUUCUUUGAAAGCAAAGAAUUAGUUAGUGUAGAUGGUGUGUUUCACCAACUGAUUGUGCAUAAUGGGAAGAAACCUAAGCUCCAAAUAGCAGAGAGGUCUUCAUCAUCAUCUGAAGAUGAGAGGAAACCAAACGCAUGUGAUUUCAGUUCUGAUGGCGACAAUAAUGAUCAUGAUGAUAAACAACAUAUGGCUGAAGCUAUGGAAUAUUCAGAAUCAGGGAAUGAUAACGUCAGAGAAGGCUGGCGUGAUCGAAGUUCACCAACACCCCUUAAGGGAAGUCAGAGACCUGAUGUAGCAUCUAAAAUUGAGACCUCUCUGUCAAAACAAUCUCACAACACACAAGACACUUUGAAAGAUGUUAACAGUGGUCCAGGCCAACAACAAGAUGAUAUGUCAACAUCCCUCAAACGUUUUGAUGCAAAUUCUAUGACGAACGCUAAAGGCGUUUGGAAAGCAAAUGAAGGGAAAGUGGAAAAGCCAUUGUCAUAUGGAGAUUAUGUGUUAAAGAAGAUUUUAAACAAAUGGACAUUAAAAAACAGAAAAACUGGGCGUUCAUCUCUCAUAAAUCAAAAAGAGGCAUAUUUUGAAGAAGAAUAUCUUGUACUUGAUGGAGAAAUAUUUGAGGUUAGAGACAUUGACGGAACUCCAACAAAGUGGAGACUGGAUGGGACCAUAAAAGAUGACCAAGUUGAUUCAAAAGAAGACUGUAAGGAGAAGACCGAACGUCAUAAAAGAUUACCAUUACUCACUCAGUCAACAGGAAAGCAUGAAGAAUUAUUCAUUAAAUGUACGUGUUUCAUUGAUGGUAAGGCACUUGAAGGAGAUGUUCCAGUAAACAUUAAAAACUAUGUGAAAUGGCUGUUUAUUGCCUGUGAAAAUGAAAAUGUCGGGCAAUCAGAAGUGAAGGAAUUGCAUCAUUUAGGUGUGCUGCGCCUUGAUGUAAAACGGGAGGAGUUGCUCAUUUACUUGCAGAAAGGAUUUGAUGAAGAACCUGGUUUUAAAGAGAUUGUAAAACAAACUGUGAAAACUAUCCUCAAAACCAGUUCACAUAUUGAAGUUGAGGAGAUUUGUGCAACAGGUUUUGACAUAAAGUUGUUGUUUGAAAGGCUGCAUGAUGAAGAGAUGAACAUGAAUUAUGUUGCAUUUUAUGAAGAAGAGAGUUCCUCAUUAUUUAUUGCAUGCAGUUCAAAUACCAAAAAAUCAAUCAUUGGACAUUUAAACAGUGCUUUGACUGUAUGUUACAGACAUGAGUUUACAAAACCAAAGUGUGUAGGCAAUAUGGUAAACCAUGUAGACUUUCAAAGUAUGUUAAGAGAAACACAUCCAAAAUUGAAUGUUUCUGUCAAAACUGAUGGUUUUACAACAACUUUGAAAGCUUGCGGAUCAAAAGCAGCUUUGCAAUGGCUAGAUGAAAAGUUGAGAUUCAACGAAGUAAAAUUCACUGACAUUAAAUAUAGUGAUCAUGUGAAAAUACCAGAUGUUCUACUUAUUUUCAUGGAAAAAACAAGUUCAAAAAAUCCUUCCAUUUUUUGGGAUAUUAAUACUGGAAAACGGACAGUUGUAGUUUGCUGUUUACAUUCUCAAGAAGAGGCGGAUAAAAUUGUCCGAGAAAUCAAAAACUGUCUUGAACAAGUUCAGAAUACUUUUGAUAACAAAAUGAAAGAUUUUGUUGAGAUGCGUUUCAAAACCAAAAAAGGUGUGCUAAAUAUGGUUUUUAGAAAUGGUCAAACAAAGGGUGAUGUUUUUGAUCUUUUCUUUUUUUGCCUCAAGGAGGAUAAGGUUUCUUUAGAAAAAGAACUAAAAGAUAUCCUUCGUGAAUUUGGAAGUUCGAUUUCUUCUAAAAAAUGCAAAAUUGAAAACACAGAGAGUGUGAUAGAGUCAGAAGCCACUGUUAGUGGAGCAGUGAAGACACCCGGAUUAAGAAACGUCGCAUCUUGGUAUACUCCCAGUGGCAAUACCAUAUCUGUUGUUGAACUUGCAUCAGAGGAUUGUGGAGCAGAACUGAUUGUGAGCUUUGAAGAAAGUGAUGAAAACUUUGAACCAACUUUCACCACAAAUGAAAUAAAUCAGCUUUGCACAACAAUACUGAUUCCAAAGUGGCAAGGAGGAAACAAAAAGGAAAACCAUUUUUUAGACACUAGAACAAAAUUUGUGCUACAAGAAAUAAAGAAGAAAGCCUUUUUCAAAAUUGGAGUUAAUGUCAGGCCAUGUAAAACAUGGCCAAAAAGUUACAAAUAUGUGAAGAUCAUUAUUUGGUUAAUCGGUCAGUUUCUUAAUGAUGCAAAAAAUCUUCCAUUUGGCUUUACUUUCUGUGUGGCAAAUGCAGAAGUCUAUAGAGAUUUCAAAGAAAUUUUGAAAACUGGAUUGCCCAAACAUUUCAAACCAUUUAACGAAACUGAUCAAGGUGAUGACAGUGCAGACAACAGAGAUGUUAAAAAGGGUGACAGAAAUAUUGGCCAAGCUGCAAAAAGUGAAUAUCCUGGAGGAGCACGGCCAAAAAUGUAUGAUUAUGGAAAAGAAAAACUUUUUGUAGUACCGGAAAGAAGUCGCCAUCCUGGGAAAGGAGGAAAUGAAGAACAUCAAAGGAAAUUGAAAGAUCACAAACAAGUUAUAGAAACAGAAACAGAAGGAACACAAGGCAGUGAUCUCAAUAGGCCUGAUGAAAUGGCGGGCAUAAAUCAGAAUUAUAUUCGCAGCAAACCAGAUGAUGCUUUAGCGAGGCAAAAACGUAGUCUAGGUGACGGAGGUGACGGAGGGCAAGCUUCUCCAAGUUACAGUCCCGGGUCCACAGGAGAUAUAAAUGAUGGCUUAACAGAACAGGAAGUGAAGGCACCAGUUAGUGGAACAGAUCGAGAAAAAGAAGCUUCAAGAUUAAGUAUGCCGAGCCUUCUAGAAAGAAACAAACUAAGAGUUCAAAUUUUGAAAGAUGAAAUAACACGUGUCAAGGCAGAUGUUAUUGUUAAUUCGACAAGUGUUGACUUGAACUUGGACCGUGGACAUGUGUCAUCACAGAUAAAUAAACGUGCAGGAACAAAGCUGCAAAAAGCUGUGUAUAGAAAUGCUAAAAAGAUUAACUUCUGGGAAUACAUUGUUACUUCGGCCUUUGAUCUAAGCAAUUGUAAGCAUAUAUUUCAUUGUGCUCUCGAACCAUUGAACGACAAUGAUGGAACAAAACAGGAGAAAAGCUGUCUAUCGAAGAUGCGAGCAACGGUUCGACUGCUGUUGAAUGAAGCAAAUAGAAUGAGCUGCAAUUCCAUUGCUCUGCCGGCACUUGGAACUGGCUAUCUGGGUUAUAAACCCAGGGAUGCAGCAACGGCCAUAUUCCUAGCUGUUAGCGACUUUGUGCAAUUUCAUGGCGAUAGGAGUCAUUUGGAAGAUAUAACAAUUGUCAUAUAUCAGACAGAGGAAAACAUAUUUCAGGCAUUUAAGAAAGUAGAAGCAGAAAUGAAACCAGUCAUGCUUUUGCAGAGUUGGCUACCCUGACGACGCAUUUUUGAAACGGGUCAGAGAAAAAAUGACUACGGGGCAUCACUGGACACUAUUUUAAGCCAGAGUUAUCGACAUUGCUUCACGUAUUGGCAUUGGUGAGGUUCAUGGUUAUUUCUAAUAUGGAUUACAAACUAUGAUCCGAACAACAUUAUUGAACUAGAAUGUGCAUUUUGUGUUAUUCUGCGAAGCUGAUUUCUAAGUGAUAUUGUGAUAAGAAAUUUUCUCUUCCGUCUACUGUAUAGAAUGUGUGAAUGGAUAUUUUGCUUAGUUGUAUAAAUUUGUGGAAUUGUAUAAAUGUUCCUAAAGAUUUCAGUUAAUAUCCAACUUAUUAAAGGUAUAUUUCAAUUGUUCGUGAAUUGUUUUUAGUAUUAUUCUGAUGUUUACAUGUAGUUGAGGAAUUAUUAUAAUUAACAAUAAGGUUUUUUUUGUACGAACAAAUUGUGUUCGUGUCAGAAUAUUUGUGACUAAGAACGUUUACUAUUCUAAUACCUUACAUUUUUUAAAGCUUUUUGUUGCAUUCAUACAUAGUUUAGCUUUGCUCUAUUCCUGGUCUUAUGAUAUGGAACUAUAAGUAUGUAACAUUUUAUAUUUAUAUAGCUAUGUAUCUCUAUGAUGUCUGUAAACAGUGCUAUUGUGUGUUUUGUAACCUUAUACCAAAGAGUACUUCAGUCACUAACAUAAAUGCGUUUAUACUACAAUACUGCUUAUACACCGAGUUUAGUAGAGUUCAUUUGUUUUUUCCAAUGAUUUAUAAACCAUGUUUGAUUUAAACUUGAGCAUUAAGGACUCUCAAGCUCCACUGUUCAUAGUACAUUGUUGUGUAUUCUUUAUAAAUAAGUAUGUAAGUAAGCAAGAAAUUUAGUUAAUAACUUGUUUAUUAUUGUGACAUCUGCUUUCCAAACAAAUUAAAGUAUAAUUAUGUGUGUAUGCACAAAUCAUUGUCAAAAAUAGUAACACUAUAAGGCCAUUUUAUUUCGAAAAUUAAAAUGCUCGCCAAAUUAUAAUGCAAUAAGUACAAGCACAUAAUUAAUUAAUUAAUGAAUGAUUCGUCAUAUCUGAGUUAAAUGUUUUAUAGACAUUUUUUCAAUAUUUGGAAAAAACCAUUAAACCAUUCAUACAGCCAUAUAUUUAAAGUUAAUGUGUUUAUGAAAUGGUAAAGAUUCCGUUUGUUUUGCUGUUGUUGUUGUUGUUGUUGUUGUUGUUGUUGCAUAUAAAGUCAAAUACUUUUUGUUAUUUAUUCAGAACAAUUAAAUUUAUUGAACUUUACAAUGUCUUGUAACUAGACACUUUGUACGAAGAAUUACCACGAUGGUAAGCUUGCAAUGUUAUUACAAAUGCAUGUUUAUAAGAUGUAUUUCAUGAUGUUGAUUUCAACAAUUUUGGAAGUCAUAAAUACAGAUGUUUAACUGUUUAAGAAAUGUGAAAUAUAGUGUUGAAAAUCAUAGACUUUUGUUUUAAGAAGUGUGGCCAUCAAGUAUAUGUUACGGGUCGUCAUACAUUCGGCAAAAAACUUUAUUUAUCUUAAGGUGAACUAUGCAUAAAUCAUUACAAAGUCAAAAUUGUACAAUUAACCUUAUUUUAAAAUAAAAUA